CCCAGCCCUUUAAAAGCAGCCAUCCCCACCAACCCCACCUUCCCCCUCUCUUCCUCUUGCUCUCUCUCGUCUCCAAGAUCGAAGCUCCCUUCAAGCCUUCAUCUUCCCCCUGGAUCAAUCCUAUCCAGUUCCCUCGUUGAAGCAUGAGCGGAAAGGUUGUUUCCUCAACCUACCGAAGUAUCAUCGAUGAGGUCGUUACCCAUUGCCGAUCCGAAUUCGAUGAGAUGGGCAUAGAGCAAGCCGUGCUCGAUGCCCUUCAGGCUUCUUGGGAAACCAAACUUGCCAACACUCGUGUCACCGACUUUUCUGCGGACGCACGACUGGGUCCAAUACAGGCCUCUCUGGGCCCGGCCUUACCAAGACCUGAAGAAUCUGCCAGGGAUGAACCUGAUGGGCCAUCCUCGACGUCAGACGUUAAACCUCAGACUGGGUCAACACCAAGUAAAAGGACUGAAAAGAUGGACGCCGAUACCGACGAAAUCAAUUCAGAUCUCGAUGAUUCUGAGGAUGAUGUCGACGCUGCUGAGGGCGAAGAUGCAGAAAACGGUGGAGGUGGACCUAGUAACAACAAUCCUGGUGAUCUGGUCAUCGCACUGUAUGAUAAGGUUCAGCGUGUGAAGAACAAAUGGAAAAUCACCUUGAAGGAUGGAAUCGUUUCAGUACAGGGGAAGGACUACUUGUUUCACAAAUGUAACGGUGAAUUUGAAUGGUAGACCCAACUUGCUCGUCAACCUCAUGAAUCGGAUAAGAGAUCAGCAGGGGAGAAUAUCUACAUCUACAUACACCAAUAGAGCUUUCUUUUCUUUUUUUGCUUCGUUUCUCUGCGCAAAAUGUACUUACUACCCCCCCCCCCUCUCACCUCUUCCUUUCCCCUUAUAUAGCUUGAUUAUCUGAAUUAGUUUUUC